GAGAGACAGACAGAGAGAGAGAACGAGGGGGAGAGAGGGAGAGAGAGAAAGAGAGAGAGAGAGAGGAGCGGAGACGGAGGGAUGUAAAGAUGGCAGAGCUACAAAUGCUCCUGGAGGAAGAGAUCCCGGCUGGGAAGCGAGCUCUGCUGGAAAGCUACCAGAACCUCUCCCGGGUCGCCGAGUACUGCGAGAAUAAUUAUGUGCAGGCGCAGGAUAAGAAGAAAGCCUUGGAGGAGACCAAAGCCUACACAACCCAGUCUCUGGCCAGCGUGGCCUACCAGAUCAAUGCCUUAGCCAACAACGUGCUGCAGCUGCUGGACAUCCAGGCCUCGCAGCUGCGCCGGAUGGAAUCCUCCAUCAACCACAUCUCCCAGACUGUGGACAUCCAUAAAGAGAAAGUUGCAAGACGAGAGAUUGGGAUUCUGACCACCAACAAGAACACGUCCAGGACCCACAAGAUCAUUGCCCCUGGCAACAUGGAGCGGCCAGUGCGUUACAUCAGGAAGCCCAUAGAUUAUACCCUGCUGGACGAUGUGGGCCACGGUGUCAAAUGGCUAAAAGCAAAGCAAGGGAACAGCCAGCCUGCCAGGGCAGGGGCAGGGACUUUAUCAAGGACUAAUCCGCCCACACAGAAACCACCAAGCCCACCCAUGGCAGGGCGGGGCACCCUGGGAAGGAACACGCCCUAUAAAACUCUGGAGCCUGUCAAGCCUCCGGUGGUGCCUAACGACUACAUGACCAGUCCAGCUCGGCUAGGAGGUCAGAACAGCCCUGGACGCACAGCCUCGCUCAACCAGAGACCCAGGACACACAGUGGAAGCAGUGGGGGCAGCGGUGGCCGAGAGAACAGCGGGAACAGCAUGGGCAUCCCUUUGGCUGUUCCAACACCCUCCCCUCCAAGCAUGGCACCAGUGGUUCCCCAAGGUCCUGGUCUAGGGCCAGUUCCGAUGUCCCAGUUCGGCACCAUCUCUCGGCAGAUUUCCAGGCACACCUCCUCCUCCACCUCCUCCUCUGCCUCCAUGGUGUCGGCCACAGGCACGUACCGCAGAGCGCCCUCCAGCUCUGCCCAGUUCUCCGUGCCCCAGCCACACCUCAACGGGGGUCCCACAUACCCCCAAAACACAGUGUCUGUGGCCCAGCCGCCUCCCCCCAUGGUGCAGCUAACUCCCCAGAUUCCUCUCACUGGCUUUGUGGCCAGAGUUCAGGAGAACAUAUCAGACAGCCCCUCCCCUCCCCCGCCCCCACUCCCUGAGGACACGCCCAUGUUUGAGGAAGCGGCCCCGCCCCCUCCACCUCCUCCUGUGGACUAUGAGGAAGAAGACGCCUCUCUGGUGCACUAUAAUGACCCUUACGCUGACGGCGACCCUCACUGGGCCCCCAAGUCCUACAUAGAAAAAGUGGUGGCCAUCUACGACUACACCAAGGAUAAGGAUGACGAGCUUUCCUUCAUGGAGGGCGCCAUCAUCUACAUCAUCAAGAAAAACGACGACGGCUGGUUCGAGGGCGUGUGCAACGGCGUCACCGGCCUGUUCCCCGGCAACUACGUGGAGUCCAUCAUGCACUACGCCGACUAACAAACACCGACUAACCAUCAAAAACAAACAUUUACGAAGUGCAUUAGGAUAUGACCGAAUGUUUGUUUUCGUCCGACGUAUUUAAGUAUUUGCUGUGCGUGUCGAGGGACUGAGCGAACACAAAGGUGAAUGCGGAAAGAACAGCAGCAAGUCUUCGCUUCUUUCUAGCUAGGUCUUUUUGUUAUAUAUAUAUUUUGUACAUACCGUACUGUACGAAGCUGCCUGUAGAUCGUUAACUAGUGUGUUUUCGUGCGUGUUUCGUCAGUGUAGCGAGGCCAGUCUUUGCAGUAUGCCAACUUGUCGGCUAGGGCUUGUUUUUAUUCAGAAGUGCUCGUUGUAUUUUUUUCCGUAACUUACUGCCAAACUCUUCCCUCGUGUCAGGGAAGACGUGUUCUGAAUGUUGUUUCUUAAAUGUGAUUCAUGCCUGGCUGACGAUCAGGCGAAAACCGGGAAAACGAUCGUCGUGACUUUUUUUUUUUUUUUUUUUUUCGGUCUGUUUUUCCAUUUUUGCCUCCCAUCUUCGCCUACACUGUAUUUUAAUUCCACCUUCAUUGCUUCGGCUUGGCCGAGACUGAGGAAGGAAGCAGUAUUACUUAGAAAACUACUCUACUUGUUUAUGUGGCUUAAGGCUACACUGGUAUCAGACGAAGGCACUGUUGGAUGAGCGAACCCAGUGUUCCUCACAGUUCAUCUCUUAAGACUACUCAAAAAACGAACAGCUGUCCACUACCAUGAAGAUCAUAUCACUUCCACUUUGCCCAUGUAAUCACGUCAUUAUUUGGAUCGUUGGCUUAUUUUCCUAUUUUUAGUCACUUUCCCUUCCACCGUGGGUCCGAAAGUGUCCAGAUACCCGCUCAUUUAAUAGUACCCAGGAUUAUUAGCGAGUUUGCUGCAGGAACGUCUCCUUUUCAUCUGAGGAGGCUUUGCUGAAACGUUGCUUCUGACAACCCAGAGGCUUUUGAUUGUGCCCCAUCACUGCAGUAUGGGUUCAUAUAUUUUAUUUUAUUUGAUCCGUUUUCCAGUGAUAACAUAGUUUUAUUUGUUCUCUCAAGAUCUUGAGCCAUUCGUGCGAUUAUUCCAACAUAGCAAAUGUUGGUCUCCCAAAAACAAACUAACCAAAAGUUUAUUUUACAGAACGCAACAGAAAGUCACAGCUAACAUGGUGCUUGGAUUUCAGUUCAACCAUCAGCCUUACUGAACCAAUCAGCCUGCAGACAGAAAAACAGAUAAAAUGGUCCACAAAGUCAGGAGUUUUGGCCCGAAUGGAGCAUUCCUUAAGUUUAAUGACACAGGAUUUCAGCAUAAUUCAUUCAUCUGGAUUCCCACAAAGCCAUUCAGACUGGGUUGAUGUGAAAUAAAUCAUUGCAUUUUUAUGGCCUUAAUAAUCUGAUAACUAAAAUCAGAUUUUGUCAAAUGCUGGUUGCUUUUUUUCCAGUACUUCAGUCUGUUUUCACACAUGCACAGACAAAAACGAAAGAAAUCAGAGUAAGAGUUCACACGCGCUGAGAAACCUGAUUACUGUGCUGAAAUCCGCUUCCCUUUAUUGGAUUUCUAGGAAAUCAGAGUGUGACCUCUUGAAUGAUCAGAAAACUGGAGAAAUCUGGAUGAUCAAAUUAUUAAGUGCAUGUAAACACGCUCAGUGUCGAGAAACUUACUGUUACCUUUUUAUUUCCAAAAAACACCAGUGAACCUACUACUGAGUGUUUAUAUGAAAUGUUGAUGAUGGUUAAGUAGCAGUAGAUCUGACAACAUAUAGAUUUAUGGCCGGACUCGUCUCAAAACUAUCAUAAAACAGCGUCUCGUGCAUCAGGCAGUGAAUUCAUAAUACUUUCAUGUAGGAACUUUCUGUGAGGGAGCUUUUAGAGGUGGACGUCUGGUUCCCAUCAGCACCACUGUGAGCCGUUCGACGCUCUAGAGCAGGAGCUUUUCACACCAAACCACCAUGAUUGACUGUUUACGUCAAAACAGUUGAAUAUUGCGCAAAAUUUUGAAAAUCAGCUCCUCUAUAAAACCCGUAAGCAGACUGAAGAGUCGAAAGAUGAUCUGUUAUUGUGAAGAUAAAGACAGGAGUGAAAAAUGAGAGCGCUUGUUAUGUCGUUAUCAAGAUCUAGAAAAAAAUGGUUGUCCUGAGAUAAAUAACUCAAGCUGUAAUAGAACAAAUAAAAUACAAACGUUAUCACAAGAAAACGGAGUGAAGCCCAUGAACCUUUCAGGGCUUCCGUACUUCAAAAAACCAGCGAGGUAAUCUGAGGAAAGAAAUUAGGAAAAGAACGUUACAGGUGCAGAAACACCUCUAGAGGGCAGCAGUGAGUGAUGUUUGUUUAUUUGAGCUCAUAUUCCAUCGUUAUGGAUUAAUGCUGGAAACUAUAGCAGCACACAGAACUACAUGCUGCCAUGCUGAGCAGUUUUGGGUGCAGCUUAACUUUAUUAAAUAUAGGCCAGAUGAAGAAUUUUGCGAAUUAUUAGCGAAUCAUUUACUCAUCAUUCCAGAUGACAUCAUUUCAGAUGAGGAUAAUUCCAGGCUUCCUGACCACUGCUUCCUGACCACUAAGUGCGCCAAACUGUAAAAUACAGCACUAUGUUGAUGUGUUCAUUGCUAUUUUUAGAGUUAGAACAAGUUUGCCAACCAAUUAGAAAGGGUGUCUGGACACUUUUGAGCCUAGUGGUCAGUUUCAGCUGAUUUUCUGGUCACUGUAUGGAAAGAGAAUGAGAAACGCUCUUUGGCUUGAAUGCCAAGACGAGUCCGUGUGUCUCGACUGCUGUUGAAGGCUGUUUAGCCGUGUGAGGAUUUUUCCUUUGGUUGUAUUUAUUUAUUCAGAUGAAGUAUAUGUGGGAAUGUAACUCACUGAGAGCUGUCCGAACCAUGACCAGUCAAUGUUACUCAUUGCAAGGCCUUGUCAUAAGACGUGCAGAUGAUGCAGUCUAAAUGUCCUUCCCUGAGGUGCUCUGCAAUGACUCUUUCAUCAUCUUGUAUAUAAUCUGUUUUCUCAAUUUAUGUACAGCCUUUUUUAUAAUAAAGCACUGUCCUGUA